CUGCAUCAUGGAUACAUCCCCGAAGAAACGGAAGGCGGAUCCAGAACCACGUCAUGACGCCCGGAGUAAGCGGGUGAAAGGCAAAAAGCAGUGGACAAUGCCGCGAAAAGAGGCCGCCGACGCUCGCGGGAUUCAGCCGGGUGAUGUGGGCAUUUGGGCAACAUGCGCGAUGAACAAAGAGGCCAAGUCCGUCGCCGAUUUGCGGGACCUCUUCCAGGAGUACGCUUCCAAGCUUUAUGGUGACAGCCAGGCAGGCAAAGCAGCUGAGAAUGGGGAUACCGAUGAGGACGAAGGGGACAUUGAGGCCGAAAUAAAAAAAGAACUUGAUUGUAUACGCAAGCCCAGUGCCGAUCCUCUAUUCACAUCCGUCAAAAUGAGCACACAGUGCUUGAUGUUCUUCAAAACUCGCCAUCCAGUGGAGCCUGUUUCCUUCGUUCGAAGUAUCUGUCAUGAUGCUGCAGAUGGCGUUGAGCAGACGCGUUGUCGCUUCGUGAAGAGACUUACGCCAAUCACAGCAAUCGAUAGAGCGAGCGAGAAAGGCCUUGACGACGUCGCGCAACAAGUUCUCGCGCCACACUUUCAUGGUCCAGACCAGGUGGGCAGGAAGUUUGCUAUCCGAACAUCGAUUCGGAACAACAAGGAAUUCACAAGAGACAAUGUCAUCAAGAGGGUGGCAGUUGCUGUAGGACCUGGUCACAAAGUCGACUUGAAGAGUUAUGACUUACUUAUUCUCGUGGAGAUUUACCAGAAUAUCUGCGGGAUGAGCGUCGUAGGCUCUGACUUUGACAAACUUAAGCGCUACAACCUCGCGGAACUUAAUGAUCCAGCAGAGGACGCUUCGGAAGGCGGUGCCAAAUCUAAGUAACGGGUUUAGCCAGUUGUGAAGCGACAACUGAUGAGAUUGAGAUAAAUGGAAGGACGCAGAUGAGGUUGGCUUCUUGUCUCAGAUCUAGCAUCUCUCAGGGAUGAAGCCAUGUUCAGUUUAGACCGCCUCAAACUGAAGAAAAUCCUCCGAACGGAAUAUUGUGGCCUGCACUUGUGGUCGCACAUGGCAGGGAACACCAAACCGUGCAACAACACACCGUCAGUUGGCCGAGUAGACAGAUCCAGAUGUCCGGCCUGACAUGCUUUCACGUCCC